AUGUCAUUUCUUUACAACAUUCAUUAUGAUGAGAAGAGUGAUGAAGAAGAAAACUUGAUAAUAAAGUUCGCUGAUUAUGAAACUUUUAAGUCUUAUGUAUUAAGAAAAUAUGAUAAAAUAUAUAAAGAGUCAAAUUAUGAAAAGGAAAAUAUGAACUAUUAUAAUGUGAAAUGGAUAAAUUUUAUUAACAGAAAGGUUCCUAUUUUGCUUCAAAAUAAAAGUGGACCAUGUCCUCUUUUAUGUAUUACAAAUAUAUUAUUAUUACGCAACCAGGUACAUAUAGAUAGAGAAAUUACGAAAAUUUCUCAGAAAAUUAUUGAAAGCAAAAUAAUGAAUUUAUUAUUAGAAUCUAAUAAAAAAAAUGUAAUAGAUAAUAAGUCCUCAUGCAACUAUAGAAAAAAUAUAAUAGAAUGUGUUGAAGUAUUACCUCAAUUAAAAUACGGAUUAGAUGUAAAUUGUAAAUUUACAGAUAUCCAUUCAUUUGAAUACACCAAAGGUUUGUGCAUUUUCGAUAUGCUUAACAUUCCGUUAUACCAUGGAUGGGUUAUUUCUUCUGAUGAUUUAAUUUUUUAUUCAUAUUUAAAAGAUUAUUCUUACAAUGUCAUAAUUAACAAAAUUGUUAGAUAUAAUGAAUAUUAUGAAAAAAAAAGAAAAAAAAAUUCUGUGGAAUUAUCAAAUGAAAAUUCAAAUUAUAGAAAAGAAGAAAUAUGUAAAAUAAUUAAUGCAGAAAAUUAUAUAAAUGAUAAAAAAAUAACUCAAAAUAAUGUUCCUAUAUUUCCUGAUGACCUAGAUAAAAAUUCAGAAGAAAACUUUCAAAUCAGAUUAAGUCAAAGUGAUACUUUUCAAGAGAAAAAUUAUUUCCUUCAUAAAAAUAAAAAAUCUGAAACAAAUAGUGAUAAAAAAAAUAUUAUUAAUGAUGAUAUAAAAAAAUCUCAGUCAUUAUAUUUUGAAAAAAGAAUUAAACAUGAUAAUAAACCGAAAAAUCAGGAAAUAUGUUUUUCUAGUGAGAAGAAUAAUAACAAUAACUUACCAUUUCCUAAUGAAAAUACAAGUUUUUAUAAAAUUGAUAAAAACAAACAUAAUGAUUAUUCAAAAAAAGUACCAAAAUUUCCAGAAGAUACAGUAUCCUCAAGUAAUUUAAUAGCAAAUGAAUUAUCUUGUAAAAAUUUUGAAAAUAAUGUUGAUACAUCUAUACAUGAAGUAUUUACAAAUGAUGUAGUUAGAUUAGCUAACGACAUUAAUGCUGAUAAUUAUACGGAUAAUAAUACUGAGAUUAGUGAGAAUUUUAUUAUGAAAAAUUAUAACACUGAAAUUAAUUUAACUCCUUAUGAAAUACAUGAAGCAUUAAUAAUGUCCGAAUUUCUUGAAACUUAUAAAACACAAUUAACAUUAGUAGGAUUAAAAUUGUUACAAAAAAAUAUUAACCAAAAUCAAUUAGUAGCAUUUUUUAGGAAUAAUCAUUUUAAUACUUUAUUUAAAUAUGAAAAUAAAUUAUUUUUAUUAGCAACAGAUGUAUCCUUUUUACAUUUAAAUUGCACAUGGGAAUUGUUUGAUAAUGUAGAAAAUGAUACUUCUUAUUAUGAUCAUAAUUUUGAAUGUUUAUCUAAUCAUAAAAAUGUUCAAAAAAAUAUUAAUGGAUCUAUUAUUUAUUCAGAAAAUUUUGAAAAAAAUGGAAAAAACAAAUACUGUUUGAAAUCCAACUCUUCUAUUACAAAUAAAAAAAAAAAAAAAAAAUGCACUUUUAUGUAG